CUCUUCUCUUCUUCUAGCCUCAUGAAACUUCUCGAACUUUUCCAAACCAACAAACAACCUCUCGUAUCCAUUAUAAAUUACUCUAUUCUCCUUCUUCUUUCUCACAUUAUCAUAACAGCAUUUGAACAACCUUAAUUCUCUCAAAUAUCAUAAACAUUUUUCAGAUUAUCAAAACAUGAUGCAUUUUAACAACAACAGAACCACAGCACCUUUCCACUUGUACGGAGCCCAAUUGGGUGCUCCUCGUUACAGCAAGACACCGUCAAAGGUGGUUUCCAUUCCGGUUCGUUUCGUUGGGUCUGAGAGAAAUAGAACCGAUUCAGCCACCAAGAUUCAGAAGGUUGCAAGAGGGUAUCUUGUAAGAAAGAGUUUUAAGAAGAUGUUGAAGAUGAAGGUGGAGUUGGAGAAGAUUGACAAGAAUGUCAAUAAUGAGGAAACGGUGAAGAUGAUGAAGAAGGAGCAAAAGGAGAGGAUAAGGAUGGGUGAAACCAUCAUGAAUUUGCUUCUUAGGUUGGAUUCUGUAAGAGUGUUUCAUUGUUGUGCUCUUAGGGACUUGAGAAAGUUGCUCAUUAAAAGGGCCAUUUUUCUUCAAGAAUUUGUGGAUCAAAUUCAAAUGGUGAUGAGUCCGACAUAUAAUGUUGAAGAGAACUCUUUGGAGAAGGAAGAGGUGGGGUGUGAAGAGGAACAUGAGGGUGGUAAGAAAAUUGAAGCUUUGGUGAGUGAGGAUGGAGAGGGUAACUGUAUGGGGAAAGAGGUGAAUUGUAUGGAGAAGGGAGAAGGGGGGUGUCAAGUGGAGAAUGAGGGAGGUGAAAAAAUGGAACUUUUUGUAAAUGAGGAUGAUGUUGAGGGUAAAUGUGUAAAAGAGGAGAAUUGUUUGAUGAAGGUAAAAGAGGAAGGGGGUCAAGAUGAGGAUGAGGAGAAGAUGGAGAUAGAUGAGAUGGAAGAAAGUGUCGGAACAAGUUUGGUGGAGGAAGGAAUUGAGGAUAAUGGUGUGGAUGUGAAAGAAGAGGAGAAUUGUUUGAUGAAAGUAAAAGAAGAUGAGAAUGAGAACAAGAUGGAGGAAGAAGACAAUGAAGAAAGUGUUGGUACAAAUUUGGUGGAGGAAGGAAUUGAAGAGGAUAGUGUGGAUGUGAAAGAAGAGGAGGGUAGAGAUGUAAUUGGGUAUGAGGAGGAAGAGGAGGAGAAUUGUUAUGAGGAAAAAAAGGGUGGGAAUAGGGAAAUGUUGAGAAGGAUGAUGGAUGAUAAUGAGAAGAUGAUGAAUAUGAUGACACAAUUGUUUGAGAAGAAUGAGAAACAAACAUCACUUCUCACAUCUCUCACACAAAGAGUGGAACAGCUUGAGAGAGCAUUCACUUGUGACAAGUUGAAGAAGAAGAAUAAGAGGAGGAGACAUGUUGAUGCCAAACAUAAAUAUCAAUAAUGCUUGCAUAUAAUGGCUUUUGCUUUUGUUCUCUAAAGUAGGUGUCUUUUGUGAUCAAUGUAACUCUACUAAAUUCAAUGAAGUUUGCCUAUCAAUGAAGUUUGCUUUUAUAAA